AAUAUCUAUACAGUGUAUAGCUUCACACACACACACACACACACACACACAGAGAGAGAGAGGGACAGAGAGAAAGAGAGAGAGAGACAGAGCAUAGAGCUUACUUGGAAAUGUCUUUUCGUCUAGAAGUUGCAAUUUCGAGAUGUCGAAAUUUUGAAAUCGGGUCAUUCUAUGUCUUUUGUUGUGUCGUUUUUCUCUUUUGCUACUGGUGGAAAUCCACAAAGCUGGAGAAUCCAUCUGGGUUGCCAGUUAUUGGUCGAAGAUGGUAUGAGAUAGGAUAUGGUAAAGCCAGUGAGCGAUUCCGGCAUGAUUGCUUAGGACUUGUUAGGUCCUGCUUGGAGAAGUACGGAGAUGCUUUCUAUCUCUAUACUGAUUCUAGAUAUCGCUUAAUUCUCUCUGGCAAGUAUGUUGAUAUGCUCCGCAAUGAAAAGCGCCUGGAUUUCAUUACAGCACUGGCGGAUAAACUUGUCAACGGCGUGCCUGGUUUUGAGCCGAUGGAGUCAAUGACAAGCAGUAAAAAGAUCAUACACGCCGUAACAAAGCAUUCGCUCAAUCGCAAUUUGGGAACAUUUAUUGAACCGCUUAAUGAAGAAUCUAACUAUGCACUUGAUCAAGUCUGGACGGAUGACCCUGAAUUCCACGAGGUUAUGUUGAAAGAUUCCGUCUGGAAGAUAUUUGGACGGAUCAUGUCUAGGACUUUCAUAAACGAUAGAGACUUUUAUCGAAAUCCAGAGUGGGUGAAUGCAAGUUCGGAGUACGUCGAACUAUCAGCAUUGGCGGGAUAUGAGCUUCGAGCGUUUCCAAAAUGGGCCAAGUGCUGGGUCGCACCUUUUCUCCCCAAUUGUCGGAAGCUUCAGUCCCUUUUCAAGCAUAUUAACAAACUCCUGGAGCCUUUAAAGGAAAAGCUAGAUCAGCAACCACCGGGUGUUGAUUCUAAAGAUCCGCUCAGUUUCCUAUAUCAAAAGACGGGAGGUCGGUUGGACGAGCUUGCGUCCAUGUUGAUUGCGCUCUGCUUAGUGUCAUAUGAUGGAGGAGGUGAAUUGUUCACUCACGUCCUUCACUCGGUUUUUACAAAUAGUCAACUGGUCAAUGACCUCCGUGCCGAGAUUGUGACUGUGAUUGGGAAAGAAGGGUUCAACAAGAAUACCUUACAAAAUCUAGUGCUCAUGGACAGCGUGUUGAAGGAGGUCCAACGUAUGCAUCCUGAGUCUGUUCUCAUGAUGCAACGAAUCGCUUUGGAGGAGGUCGUUCUACCCGAUGGACUCAUUAUACCCAAAGGGACUGCACUUUUUGUCUCCGCUUGCCACAUUAUUGAUGCAUCGGUCUGGCCUGAAGGUGAUAAAUUUGACGGUUACCGAUUCUUCAAUCUACGCCGGAAGGGGAAACCAUCUACAAGCCAAGUAUCAUAUAACUUUACGUCGACGUCUCCAGACCAUUUUAGCUUUGGUCACGGAUCCCAAGCAUGCCCUGGAAGGUUUUUUGCAUCGUAUAUGCAGAAAAUACUGCUGUGUAAUAUUCUGAUGAGAUAUGAUGUUUCGGUCACUAUUCCUGAUGAAGGCGCAUGGUUUCAACGUGGGCAGACUCAUGUGGCUCAUCCGGGCCUUAAAGCCCGUGUUCGGCGACGGAAAGAAGAGAUUGAGCUAUGAGGAAAAGUUCUAUAAUGGGAAAGAGCCAUGUACUCUAUCAAUUAGCACAACCCAAUGGGCUUUAUGCCAUUGCUUUUUAUCUUGGGAUCCGUCCAUAGGUCCGACCCCCUUUUUCAAACUGUUCUCUGUUUGAUCGGUUUUCAUAUCACAAAUUGACUGCCACGCCCUUUACUCCGUAGGAUUAGUCAAAAUCCCUGUGGCUUAUUGUGAC